AUGAGCUACCAGUCCUUCCUACGGUCGACGGCGACGACUAAGAACAAUACUCCUUCACCAGGCUCUAUCCACCGAAAACCUCCUCCUGCAUCAGCUCCGUCCAUCACGCCCUCGGGCUCGUCAAUUCACAGCAGUGUCACAAGAAAUGAUACCCCAACUUCCGCCGUCACCGUUCCCUUCACGCCUGCAUCUUCCACCAGUUCUCCUGCAAGACCAGCUGCCUCCACACCACUGCCAUCAACAGUCUCGGGCACUGCACACCAUGACCCUGCUCGUGCGCCGUUGACAAAGGAGCAGAUCGAUGUUGCAGUGGGGACAUGUUUGGAGCUACAGAAAACUGCCACAAGCUUACACGACAAACGGCCAUUCGCAGCCUUACUUCUUGGUCCUGACAACAACACAAUUCUUCUCUCCCACUACUCCAUCUCACACGUCCAGCACGCAGAGACCGAACUUGCUCGGCUGGCCACUAUUCACUUCUCGCAGAAAUAUCUCGCCUCCUGCACCUUGGUGUCAACAUGGGAGCCAUGUGCAAUGUGUGCAGGGACAAUAUACUGGAGCAACAUUGGACGCCUGGUGUAUGCUGCUAGUGAGGAAAAGCUCAAAGAUCUAACUGGCGGAAACAAUGAGGAGAACAUGACAAUGUCGCUGCCGUGCCGAGAGGUGCUGAAGCAUGGUCAGAAGGAUGUGGAGGUGAUCGGACCUGUCAGUGACUGGGAGGAGUCCGUCGUUGAGGAGAGUGGAAAAUGGUGGAAGGAGCACCAGGCGCAAGAGAACGCUGCAAGGUUGAGAGAAGGUAGCGUGAACGGAACCGACAAACCACAAAGUCUGUCAAGCAUGCGACACGGGACUCCAACUACGUGGACUGGAGAAGAGACGGUUCUCAGCCGGAUUGAUGACGAAGGCGAAUACAAGGCGGAACUCGAUAUUGAUUGGAUGAGGUAG